AUGUUAUCCCCUAGGCUCUUGACAGCGUGGGCGCUUGCCACGUCUGUCGGACACGCUCUAGCAAGUACGCAGCAACAUGGAAGUAUGGACAAACGGUAUAUCGAGGUCCAAGACGACAUUACGUACAAUGUUUUUGAGCACGCCGCAACGGGCACCAAGAUGUCCUUUGUGAACAACUCUGGCAUAUGCGAGACGACGCCCGGCGUCAAUCAAUAUUCGGGCUACUUGACCGUGGGGGAAAACAUGAAUAUGUUCUUCUGGUUCUUCGAAGCCCGCAAUAACCCGACCACAGCUCCGCUCGCUACUUGGUUCAACGGAGGUCCCGGAUGUAGCUCCAUGAUAGGCUUAUUCCAGGAAAAUGGCCCAUGCCACUUUGUGGACAAUGAGACCGAGCCAACCCUCAAUCCUUACAGCUUCAACGAGUAUGCAAAUAUGCUCUAUGUUGAUCAGCCGAUUGGUGUUGGCUUUUCCUACGGCAAUGACACCGUCACCUCGACCGUGACGGCUGCGCCUUUCGUCUGGAAUCUGAUCCAAGCCUUCUUUGCCCAAUUCCCCGAAUAUGAGACUAGAGACUUUGGUAUCUUCACCGAGUCGUACGGAGGCCACUACGGCCCAGAGUUCUCUUACUACAUCGAGCAGCAAAAUACUGGCAUCGACAAUGGCACCGUCGAGGGCGACAAGAUCAACCUUAUAGCCCUCGGCAUCAACAAUGGCUGGUACAAUCUGACCAUACAAGAAAAGGCCGCCAUUGACUUUGCCGCCAACAACUCGUACCGUGCACUCAUUGACGAGGAUACAGCCGAAAAGCUCUACAAUGCAUACGAUACCGUCUGUCUGCCGGCCAUUCAGAAAUGCACAGCGACGGGGACCAAUGCGGCGUGCAUUGCUGCCGACAGCGCUUGCGAGGGCCGGAUUGACAACGUCAUCUACAACAGCGCCGACUUUGAUCCCUACGACAUUCGCUCGGGUUCGAAUGACCCAAACCCACCCGAGACCUACACGACCUACCUGGCACGUGCCGACGUGAGGAAGGCCAUUGGUGCUGCUUCCACCUACAAGGAGUGCGCCAACAAGCCCGGCCUUCUCUUUUCGCUGACUGGCGAUGAUGCUCGAUCCUUUCUCGAGACUCUUUCCGAGGUUGUUAAGAGCGGCAUCAAGGUCCUGACCUGGGCAGGCGACGCUGACUACAUUUGCAACUGGGUUGGCACCUUUGGCGUCGCAAACGCCCUGGAUUACUCGGGUCACGAUGAAUUCGCCGCCAAAGAUCUGGCUCCCUACACGGUCAACGGCACCGAGUUGGGGCAGUUCAAGACAGUUGACAACCUCAGCUUCCUCAGAGUCUAUGAGGCUGGACAUGAAGUGCCCUAUUAUCAACCUGAACUCGCACUCCAGGUGUUCACUCAGAUAAUGCAAGGAAAAGCAAUUUCUUCGACCUAG